AUGAACAUUAAUUCUACUGCUAAUAAGCAACGUAAAAUACAACAAUCGAAUCAACAAAUUCAACAACAAGAAUUUGAAGAUAUAUUUAACAAAUCUUUUACUCCAAUAUAUGAAACUAUUUAUUCUGAAUCAAAAACUGACAUUUUCCUAAAAAUUGAUCGUAUGGAAUUCUUUAAACAUAUGAGUGAAAGGCUUAAUUAUACUGCAUUAUCCGUGAAAAGAUCCUUACGACAUCCAUCAGAUUUUCUUGAUACAAAAUGGAAAAAAUUAUAUAAAUUAAUUAAAUCAGAAUGUUUACAAAUUAAAAAUUGGUUAGAUGCAUCAGAUUUCAAAUCGAUUAAUUCAAUAAAAUUAACCAAAGGAAGUAAAUUUAUUCAGGAUGAUAUAAACAAAGAUUUAAUAAAUUUAAUUCCGGAGCACGCGAUUUUACAAAAUCCAUUAAAAAUCAAGAACGAUUUAAAUAAUGGAUUUAGAUCUAUUGCACUUUUGUUAAAAUCCCCUUUUGGGGAAGAAUUUCAUGAAGAAUUGAAAGUAAGAACAAUUCUUGAGAUGGUAAUUCAUGAUAAACACUUUAAUGGUUUUAAGAAACAUACUGAAUUGAUUUCUCGUAAAUGUGAACAAAUCAUAUCAACCGAAGUAUAUCCGGAAUAUUUUCAAAAAGAAACUUUAGAGAUGUUAAAUCGUUUUGAAUAUUUGAAUUCAAAUUCACCAGAUUAUCCGAUACAAAUGUGGCAAAUUGAAGCAUUACAUACAUGUAUUAAUACUUUAAACAUUGGAGUACCUCAAUUCUUCAUAUUAUCAAAAUUAUUAAAAGCGAGAAUUCACAUCGCUUAUCCGGAUGCAAAAAAUCCUUAUUUUAAAGCACCUAUACCACAAUAUUAUUCAUCAAAAACUGAUAACACUUCCUGA